AUGUUGUUAUGUUUACUAUGGUUUGGAAUGGUGCUUUCUGCACCCACGGACGAACUUCACAGUGUCAUCAAUGAAGGAGAACUUACACGAAGUGAUGAUGUAUCUUACAUGAAGUAUAUUAUACCAUCUGGGUAUUCCCCGCAAAAAUUUCAGAAAAGUUCAAAACGACACUUAGCUGAUUUUGUUAGUAAGGAUAAUGAAUACUACCAAAUAUUACAUCAACAUUUAGAAGAUGGCCAUAUUAUGAAAGGUCUAACGUUCAGUAUAUAUGAUGACAAUAUGAGGGAGGCCACUAUAGCAUUAUUUCGAUUAUUACAGUAUUCUGAUGAUGAUAAGGUGAAUGCUAUAAAAGAGUGGGCUUCUCAUAAUAUUAACUCGGAUGUAGUUGAUUAUGCUUUCAGAUUAGUAUCUUUGUUUAGAGAUAAUUUGUCCCAAGGUCAAGUACCUCCUUUUAUGUCAAAACCGAAUUAUUUUGUUAAUGCUGAGGCCAUUACAAAAGCGUUAAAAUUAAAAAUAAAUAAUGGGAAAUUUGAUGUACAAGAAGCGCAAAUACAGCAGUUUUAUAGAACAGAUGAUAAAAUUACUAUUAACGCUAAUUAUUCUGGUUGGCACCGAUGGAAUGAUGAGUGUAAAGAUCAUUUAGACUACUUCCGAGAAGAUAUUGGUGUCAAUAGUUAUUAUUACGGCAUGCACUUGUUAUAUCCAUUUUGGAUGAAUAAAGACGAAUUAACUGGAAUAGACCCAAAAUAUGCCGACCAAUAUUACUUUAUUCAUCAACAACUUAUGGCCAGAUACAACUUGGAAAAGGAACAUUUGAAACAUUUUAAUAAAUCCGCUGACACGAAUUGCUAUGACGAUUUCAUUCCUUAUUUGACUUAUGACAAUGGACUUCCAUUCUCUUCAAGGUCGUCUGUGCACAGAGAAUGGAAUGAAGAAUAUGCUCGAAUAAAAUCUAUAGAUAUUGCUAUCAAAGAAUGCAUAACGAGAGGUGUCAUAUUUAUGGAUAAUGGGACUAAAGUUACAUUGACUGAAGAAAACUACGUUGACUUAAUAGCAAAGCUUAUAAGAGCUAAUUAUGAAAGUAAUCAAACAGCUAAAAUUAUAAGAUCUCUAUAUGGUUAUGGUGGUAGUGGCUACCCGAUAAACAGAUAUAAUCCUGCUCCAUCAGUAUUACAUCAUCCUCAAACGACACUUCGUGACCCAAUGUAUUGGUACAUGAUUCAAAAUCUGCUAAAGUAUUUCACAGACUAUUCUAGCUCUCUACAACCUUUUGAUUUUUCUAAGUAUCAAACUGAAGAAUUUAAUAUACUUGAUAACAGCUUUACGAAAAUAACUACAUAUUUUGAAUUCUAUGAAUUCAAUAUAGAAAAACUUUUUCAAAAAGAUACCAAUGAUCACAAAAUGACUCCUUUAUCUUUUAGUGUAAGACAAAAACGACUUAAACAUUUACCAUUUACUUUGUCUUUUACUGUCCAUUCUCAGGUAAAUAAAACAGUAGUUGUUAAACUAUUUUUAGGUCCACAUUGUGAAGUGUCUAAUUGUUGGAAUGAAUUUUCUAAUUUUUUUGAACUUGACUCUUUUACUCAAAAACUAGAAGAAGAGCUCAAUGUCAUAAAGUGGGCACCUGAGCUGUCCACGAGGUACUCAUUUGAUGAUCACUAUAAUUUAGAACAUCUAUCACUACGUGAAAAAAAAUAUGAUAUGUUUAAAUUCCCGGAAAACAUGAUCAUACCCAAGGGAUUAGAACAAGGUCUUAAUUUAACUUUGUUUGUCUUGAUAACUCCUAUUAGUGAUACAGAUGAUCCCAGUUUAUCAGUUUAUUCAUCAGAACCUUUCGGUUUCCCAUUCCAUCGACAAGCUUUUGUAAAUAAUAGCACGAACUUUAAUAACUAUAAAUUUUGGAAUAUCACUAUAUUUCACAAAGAAAACUCAAAUGAACGGAAUGGAUAUUUUUCUCCGCAUCUAAAU